CUUUCUGAUGACUUUCGUCCUGGGGCUACCCGGGGUUGUGGAAGGCCACGCGAUCGCCAGGGAUUGGAUGAGGAGUCCGGAGCAAAAGUGGAGGAAACCAAAAGCCAAGGCACCGCUUCCUCCUGCUGAGACCAAAUGCCCGGAUGUCUGUCCUGCUGAUGAGUCAGUAGAGCCGCCUGCUGCCAUCAUGGAGCAGAAUGAAAACAUGGUAGACAAAGACAUUGAGCUCUCAGUAGUCCUACCCGGAGAUAUUGUCAAAUCUACCACUGUUCAUGGCAGCAAGCCAAUGAUGGACUUGCUGGUAUUCCUCUGCGCACAGUAUCGCCUAAAUCCAUCAAGUCACACCAUUGAUUUGCUGUCUGCUGAACAGAAUCACAUCAGAUUUAAGCCAAAUACACCAAUAGGAAUGCUGGAAGUAGAGAAGGUCAUUUUAAAGCCAAAAACUCUGGAUAAGAAAAAGCCUACACCUAUAAUACCAGAGAAAACUGUGAGAGUAGUGAUCAAUUUUAAGAAGACACAGAAGGCCAUAGUGAGAGUUAGCCCCCAUGUCCCACUGGAAGACCUUGUUCCUGUUAUAUGUAGUAAAUGUGAAUUUGAUCCGUUACAUACAGUGUUGUUGAAAGACUAUCAAGCUCAGGAGCCCCUUGACUUGACAAAAUCUCUUAAUGACUUGGGGCUGAGAGAGUUAUAUGCCAUGGAUGUUAGCAGAGCACCUUCUGUUACUGCCUUCAGUAAGUCAUCUUUACAAGAGUCCUGCCAAGUAUCACAAAGCCUAGAAAUUAUGAAGGAGAAAGAAAAUAAAGGAUUUUUUAGCUUUUUUCAACGCAGUAAGAAAAAGCGGGAACAAACUGUCAGCGCCCCUGCAACCCCUUUAGUAAACAAGCACCGUCCAUCUUUUACGAGGUCCAACACCAUUUCCAAACCCUAUGUUUCCAACACACUGCCCUCGGAUGCACCCAAGAAGAGACGGGCACCAUUGCCUCCAAUGCACAUGACCCAGGGCGAGGCCCAGGCCCAGGAGAGGUGUGCUUCUCUUGCAGUAAGAUCCACAAGUAUGGAUGACGCUGAUAAGAGUUCCUCUGAUGGAGACAUAGUGAGGACUGGGUCACUGCAGCUCAGUAGCACAUCAGUAGGAAAUUCAUCUCUGAAAAGGACAAAGCGCAAAGCACCUGCCCCACCCUCCAAAACAUACCUACAUCAAAGCGAUGAAAAUGGUCAUGCAGCUGCUAAUGCCCUGCAGUCAGUAGAUGGAGUUACUCCAGAUGGUGGUUCAGAAGCGGCCUCUCCUGAGAGCCUGUCUACCCCAGAGGGCUCCCUUGGCCCUGGGCCGUUCAUCCAGGAGCAGUGCACUGUGCCCAAAGCUGCAGAUGAAACCUCGCUCUCUGAGGGCCCUGGAACUCCGGAGGCAGCUGUAGCUUCCUUGACAUCUGGCAUUAGCUCUGAUUAUAGUCUUGAAGAAAUAGAUGAAAAAGAAGAACUAAGUUCAGUGUCUAAAGAUCAGGCUGAAAAUGUUUCUGUGAAGUCACCUGACAUUCCUUCUGUAUCUACUGAUGUAAUAAAUACACUGGAGAAUGAUCCUGACUCUGCCCUCGGCCUCAGUGAUGGAGAGGCCUCACCUGGCUCCAAGGGAAACCCCCAAGAAAGCAGAAACACGGAUGGACAAGAGCUACACAGUCCUGCAUAUGACACAAACAAUGAAGAGAUAGCAGCCAAUUGUGUGAGAGACUCGAAGACAUUGGACCCCAAACAAGAGAGUGUUCAAAAUGAAAUCGUGGUCUCUACAAUGAACACAGAAGACUAUGUGCAAAGCAGAGUGAGGAGAACAGAAACUAACGUAGAUGGCGAAGCCCCAACUAAAGACGUGGAAGUUGGUAGCUUGUCAGGCUUUCCUGUACAUAGAACUGAUAAUGUUAAAAAUUUCAAAGAAAAUCAUUUGGCAGCAUCAUCAGUACCAGAUCAGAAACUUCGUCAACCCAGUGCAGAAAGGACAAACAUGCAAGAUGCAUCAAUUCAAGCAACUCCUUCCUGCAAUAGUUUUGAUGGCAAUCACCAAGACCAUAAUUUGUCUGACCUCAAGGUUGAUGGAAGUGUGCAAACUUCAAAUAGUAGCAAAUCAACUCAGCAUUCAUCCUUAAGUCUCCAAGAAGCUGCAGAUGCCACAAGAGAAUUGAGGAGUCAGGGUACCUCAACACAUGCACAAGAUAGGCUCGCCACCAGAGCGCCCGUGAGCGCAUAUGGGAACGAUGACCUUUUGUCUCCUCCAGAUGGGGUUGAUAAAAAUCCAACUGCUUCUCACCUAAAGAAUUUUCCACUUUACAGACAGGACUAUAAUCCCAAACCGAAACCUUCAAAUGAAAUUACCAGAGAGUAUAUACCUAAAAUUGGAAUGACUACUUAUAAAAUAGUGCCUCCCAAGUCCCUGGAAAUGGUGAGAGAUUGGGAAUCAGAAACUGUAGGGUAUAAAGAUGACCAAAAGACACAUGUGGGACAAAAGAACACUCUUGAGAAUAUGAAAGAACCUGCCAUGCAAACAGAAGCCCUUGCUACUUCUGAAGGCCCAAAGGAACAGCAGCCGGACCUUAAACCAAAGCCCAGCUUGGGAACAGAGCGUCAGUUGCAUAGGACUGUGAGCUCACCCGAUGGUGCUGCAGUGAAUCCUCUAAAACCUCCCAGAACAGCUAGGGAUACUGGAGUCAUUCCUUUUGCACCAAAUCUGGAAGAUAUAAACAAUAUUUUGGAGUCGAAAUUUAGAUCAAGGGUUUCAAAUCCCCAGGCCAAACCAAGUUCAUUUUUCUUACAGAUGCAGAAAAGAGCAUCAGGUCACUAUGUGACAUCUGCAGCUGCUAAGAGUGUCCACACUGCCCCUACUCCCACCCACAAGGAACUAACAAAUAAAGAGGUGGAAAGGGACCCGCUGCCUCCUCCAGAACAGAUUCCUUCUCCAUUAUGUGAAAGGACUCACUCUGUUCCACUGCCCCACAUUACAAAGACUGAUGGUGACACAGCCAGCCAGAAGCCUGCAGAGACCUCUCCUCCUCCUGUAGCUCCUAAGCCUGUAUCUCUUCCUGCAGAGACCUCUCCUCCUCCUAUAGCUCCCAAGCCUGUGUCUCUUCCUGCAGAGACCUCUCCUCCUCCUGUAGCUCCCAAGCCUGUAUCUCUUCCUGCAGAGACCUCUCCUCCUCCUGUAGCUCCCAAACCUGUGUCUCUUCCUGCAGAGACCUCUCCUCCUCCUGUAGCUCCCAAGCCUAUGUCUCUUCCUACUGAGACCUCUCCUCCUCCUGUAGCUCUUAAGUCUGGCAGUCAGGCAGCAGCACCCAACCUGAAGACCUUGAAAACAUUCGGGGCCCCACGACCAUACUCCAGUUCUGCUCCCUCACCGUUUGCCCUUGCUGUGGUGAAAAGGUCUCAGUCAUUCAGUAAAGCACACCCCCCAUCAUCUAGUGAGGGGUCAUUUGCCCAGUCUCCAACUGACACAGAGAAUGAAAAGGCAUGUGUGGUACAUAAACCUGAAGAUGUCCCACAACAGGAUGAAGAUGAUAAGCAAAAUAAAUCUGCACGUAAUGAACAGAAGUCUCAAAUCCCAACUCCAGCCGACUGCCCGUCGUUCACCCUUAAGAGGCAGAGUUCUUUAACAUUGCAAAGCUCUGACCCGGAACAGAUCCGGCAGAGUUUGCUGACCGCAAUCCGUUCUGGAGAGGCUGCUGCCAAGUUGAAAAGAGUUACUGUUCCAUCCAAUACAAUAUCUAUGAAUGGAAAGUCAGGACUCAGCCAUGCCGCGUGCUCUGAUGCCCAGGACAGCCGCUAAAUGUCCCCCUGCCGUAACUGCUCCUCACCAGUUCCACUUCACAGACCAACUUUCUGCCAACAAAGAAUGUUGGAAAAUGUAUAGUCAGAUGUACACUAAUAUAUUAUCUGUUAAAGUAUAAGCACUUGUGUUACAGAUUUUAAUGCCCAAAGAAAAUUACUAGAAUUUAUAAUUUAUAAUAAUUUUUUGGUCUUUUUUGUCUUAAGAGCUAAAUAUGCUGCUUUUAGAACCUUUAAACAAGGUGUAAAUGAUUUUCAUUUUUUUCAAAAUGAGAAAUAAUCACCUUUUGUUGAUUCCUCUUAAAAUACAUUGUAUACUCUGGUGACUGAGACAUUAGUAUAAAUUGAGAUUUAUAAACAUAUGUGUAUGGCACAUAAACAGGCAAACAGAAAUUAACAUUUGUUGCUUCAGUGCUCCGGUGUAAUUGGAAACAUAAGUCAUAAUAAAGCCUGUUUUAUAUUAAAGCAUGAUCUAGAACACUAGUAAUUUCAAAGAAGUUUGUUCAGUUCAAUUUUUUUCAUCGACUCACUUGUACAAGACUUAUUUUAUUCAUUCUUUAAUUACAAAUGAAUGUCCAAUCUAGAGGAAACAACGUUUCAGUACUUUUUAAGAAAAACACUUUCAUCUUUAGAAGUUACAUUGCACAAGGAAGAUUUACAAGGUUUUCUGUAUAUAAUUAUGAUAUUGUCAUACAGAUAUUACAUAUUUUAUGUAAUGCCAGAAGCCUUAAAAAUGUUCCUGUGAAAAUGUUGAUAUAUUGUGACAGUUGUUUCACAUUUGAGAUGUAGAGAGGAAUGGGGGUUAGUUUGUAUCCAUGUUCAAAACUUGGAAGAAGAUUUAGAUGUUCUCAGAAUCCUAGUUUUAAUUCAAGUAAAAUGAUAAACUCUCCAUUUAUGUAGCUCAGAUGGCAGUACUCUAAAUAAUAUAUACUUUUACAAAAGCCAAAUGGUUAAGCAAAGCUGUGCUUGAUUUGUUGGCUUUGAACUAUUCUGAGGUCUAGAAUUUGUUGGUAUCUUGAACCUGCUUCAAGAAUUUAAUUACUUGUUGAUUCCUAAGAAUUUGUUCAAACACAGUGACACUGUCAGUUUUUGCUAAAGCUACUGGGACAUCUGCCAUUUUGACAAACACAGUUUUUUUUCCUGUUUAAUAAAAGCAACCUAAAUAUUUGA